AUGGCCGACCAAUCGCCUUCUCGUAAUGAAGACAUGGACUCUCAUGGUUCUGGCGCUCCUCCUGCUGAGGACACUCCUGCCGAAAAUGGCGAAAAAGAACAUCUCAACGAGCGUCGUCCCGAGACUCCUCGCAACUCGAGACCUGGGCGUGGAAUGUUGUUUGAAUCAAACUAUGCCUUUCCCAGUGGUGGUGACGAGAAAGAAACCGAAGACUUCAUUCAGCACGUCGCCGAUGAGGCCGCUAAUGAAGUAGCAAGUACGAAAGUCAAUUUGGGAGGUUCAUGCGGCAAAUUGAACCGUUUGUCCGGAGAAUUCAAGAAGAAGAUUGACGAUUUUUGUAUCAAUCACGAAAGCAAGUGGACCCAGGAAUAUUCGCUCAACCUGUUUGAAAAGGUCUAUGACAGUGGAAAAGGCAUGCUUUCCCGUGGUGAUUCAUUCGGGACAGUAGCGAAAAAGUUGUUCGGUCCCUACAUGAAGGCCUACGGGAAACGCGACGAAGCGUUUGAAAACGAAACCAAGGCGAUGAAGACGGCAGCUUGGAACGAACUCCUCACGCAAAUUCCCAAUGACUGCAUUCGGGCUCGUGCUCGACAACUCGAUGGUCUCCCUACCACGAGUGUUGGCGUCGAUUCGGUAGCGCGGAUGCCUUCGGAUUCAUCAAGCUCCGGCGCUUCUCGCCGACGUGGACGAAAGCGCGGCAACUCAGAUAGCCGCUCGGACAGCGAGGAAUCUUUCAUCCCUGACGACAGUUCCGACAAACGCCGCAAGACUGACAAGUCUGGUAAGACUGAUUAG